GACUUGAAUCAAUUACCUCGUCCCCAUUUCUAAAUCGGUUCAGGUAACAAAGCAGCAGCAUGCGAUCAUAAUGCAUUACAGGUGAAAUCAGAGCGAUAUGAAACUGCUGGACACGUUUCCACUGGUGCGAUAGCGAGCCGAAACUGCCUCAGUGCGUCUCGCGCUCUCUCCGCUCCACGAACAUCGCGCGCGUAGCGCCAAACUCGAGAGCGCGAGACCUGGCAGCGGAGAAACCUCGGGGAGGGAGGAAGGGAGUGUGCUGGUGUAUGUAGAUGAGAGCAGAGAGCGAGCAAGAGAGACGGAGAGAGAGAGGUUGGGAAAAGACUAGCACCUCUAUCCAUCAGCCGAGCAUCCUGCGGGAAGUCACUUCCAGCGCACGAGCGUACGGUGCGGCAUUUCUGUCCGUCCGAGCGAAUGGAUCAUUAAACAGGGAAGGAUGUGACAGAGGGCUACAAAUGAAACUGUAAACUAUUAUUUGUUUCAGCUUGCACUAGUUACGCUGGUUAUUUUAUUUGUAAGUUUCAUUUUUUACUUGUGUUCCUGUAUUGCGCAUUAAUGUGCGAAUUUCGGCACAACACUUUUGAAGUGAUAUCAGACAAUGUCAUAAAUGUAGCUAUUAAAGGAAAAGUUAAAAGAUUUUUCAUGGAUGGGGUCUAACCUAAUGUCAAGCUGGUUGUGAAGGUGUUUGAUCUGGUCUCCUCGACCCCAGACGGAGUCUCCAUGGCUGCAGGAGUGGCAGCCUGGCUCCCUUUCGCUCGGGCGGCGGCCAUAGGAUGGAUGCCCGUGGCCAACCUGCCCAUGCCUGUUGCACCAACCACAAAGAACAAGCGACAGGACGAGCUUAUUAUCCUCAACGUCAGCGGCCGGCGCUUCCAGACCUGGCGAAACACUCUAGACCGCUACCCUGAUACGCUCUUAGGGAGCUCUGAAAAAGAGUUCUUCUUCAACGAGGAGACUAGGGAGUAUUUCUUUGACCGAGAUCCAGAUUUGUUCAGAAGUAUUCUCAACUUCUACCGUACAGGGAAGCUGCACUACCCCCGCUAUGAGUGCAUCUCUGCCUAUGAUGAGGAGAUGGCGUUCUUUGGAAUCAUUCCUGAGAUCAUCAGCGACUGCUGUUACGAAGAAUACAAGGACCGCAAGAGGGAGAACAUGGAGCGCCUUAUGGACGACCUUGAGGACAACAAAGACAGCAAACUACCUAACAUGACGUUCCGUGAGACCAUGUGGAGAGCCUUCGAGAACCCACACACUAGCACAAUGGCCCUGGUUUUCUACUACGUGACCGGGUUCUUCAUUGCCAUAUCCGUCAUCACCAACGUGGUGGAAACGGUUCCGUGUGGUUCUCUGCCGAACCAGAGAGACAUACCCUGCGGGGAACGCUACACAGAGGCGUUCUUCUGCAUGGACACAGCGUGCGUAAUGAUCUUUACUGUGGAGUAUCUGAUGCGACUGUUCGCAGCGCCCAGCAGGUACCGGUUCAUGAGAAGCGUAAUGAGCAUUAUAGAUGUGGUGGCCAUCCUGCCAUAUUACAUCGGGCUCGUCAUGACCAACAACGAGGACGUGAGUGGGGCCUUUGUCACGCUUCGGGUUUUCCGCGUCUUUAGGAUCUUUAAAUUCUCCCGGCACUCCCAGGGUCUACGGAUCCUUGGCUACACGCUGAAGAGCUGCGCGUCCGAGCUCGGCUUCCUCCUGUUCUCCCUCACCAUGGCCAUCAUCAUCUUUGCCACCGUGAUGUUCUACGCGGAGAAAGGCUCCUCGUCCAGCAAGUUUACCAGCAUUCCAGCCUCCUUCUGGUACACCAUUGUAACCAUGACGACGCUGGGGUAUGGAGACAUGGUCCCUAAGACCAUAGCGGGGAAGGUAUUUGGCUCCAUCUGUUCUCUUAGUGGGGUGCUGGUCAUCGCUCUGCCUGUUCCAGUAAUCGUUUCAAACUUCAGCCGUAUUUACCAUCAGAACCAGAGAGCCGAUAAACGCCGGGCUCAGAAAGUUCAGAAAGCCCGACUGGCCCGAAUGAGAAUUUCCAAGUGUGGCAGUUCUAGCGCCUUCCUGCAUAGCAAACGAAAUGGACUCAACCAAUCGCUGGAGCUGACGCAGAUCCCCUAUUACAAGAUGAAACUUUCACCACAGGGCUCUAUGGAAGGAGACCAACAGCUGAAAAAACCCACGUCCGUGUUGGAGAGCCAGCAUCAUCAUCUUCUUCACUGCCUGGAGAAGACCACGAAUCAUGAGUUUGUGGACGAUAGGCUGUAUGAACAGGGCUAUCUGCGGACAUCGCUACAGAACUUCCCAUCGCAGAGUCCAUCUCUGUCCAGUGAGGAGGGUAUCACGGGCACCUGCUGCUCCCGACGAACCAAGAAGAACAUGCAACCUCUCAACGCAACACACUCACACACACACAACCUGCAGGAGCUCAGCGCCUUACACAUCCAGUGUGGGGAACAGCAGCCGCUUAAAACCAGUCGCUCCAGUUUAAAUCUGAUGUCAGAUGAAUCGGGGAGCCUGAACUGCAAAAGCAGUGGACUGGUUACCACGGCAAUCAUCAGUAUCCCCACCCCUCCCUCGAACAACUCUAGAGCCAGCCCUGAUGCCCCGCCCCCUCCAACCCCUGAAGCCCCGCCUCUUCUGCACCCCGGCUCUGACGUGGUGAAAAUCUCUGCGCUGUGAAGGAGACAGAACUCAGGAAAAGAAACUGAUGAGCAGCCUGCCCCCUAGUGGGAGAAGGAGUGUAUUGACUCAAACUCCCUGCAAGGAAUAGGAAAGAUGAAAAAGGAUGUUUGUGUGAAGGAGAGAGAGCAGGACAACCAGGACUGAAAAAAUGAGGGUGUCACUGUGCAUAAAACCUUUUUCUUUGUUCUUGUUACUCUUUUUGUUGUGUCACACAGUUUUUUUUUAAGCAACUGUGUUUAUCUGAAAGAUUCAUAUUUUAAUUAGAGAGGAAGGUAAGAGGUCUUGUAAAAGCUGAUUGUUUUUGUCUGUUAAUCUGUUCUGACAUCACAGACAGCCUCGCAAAGCCUCGGCUUUUUUUAUCCCAGAUAUUUUAUUUUGAUCUAGACUAAAUCAUAAAGGACAAGCGAAAAUCAGCAUUAGAGUCUGAAAGAGACUGUAUGGGUUUGACAGUGUUUCUUAGACUAUUGUAACUUUUUAUUUUGGAAUAUGUGUGAAUUUAUGGGUCAGAGUUAGUUACAGUAUAACUUGAAUAUUUAUGCCCCGUGUAUGUGCGUGCUUGGGUGCAUUACUGAAUUAUCCCUCAAACUCUCAGCUUAUUACACAGUUCGUGCCUCUCAGGGGGAGGAGACUUCCCUUCUUCUUUAAGCCACUGUCACCCCCUGAGCCCAAAAUGCUGAGCCGACUUUGUAACGUCAGUUGUGAGCUAUCACGCGUUUCUUUGUAAUAUAGAACCAAAAAACGAGAGAGAAACAUGAAAGUGUUUUUAAAAACUCUGUGACUACAAGCACAAGGCAUCGCUGAGAUUUUGUGACUGCGAUGUGUAACAAGCCUUGGUUUAACUGUGAAUAUUGUUGAUAGAAUAUUUUGUAAUAUUUAGCCACUGUUUGGCAAAACCAGAGCAACUGCCUGCCCCGCACCUUUUAUGUCCUCCUGCCCCUUUGUGUUUGACCCCGCCUCUUUCCUCUGUCCACUGCUGGCCUGCUUCUUGUAGUUGUUCUGAUCUAAGUGUUCUUGUCAUUAUCGCUCAAUGGGUAUUAAAAACUUGUCUAGUUUGCGUAAAUUCUACAUGGGUAGGAAAAUUUUGAUGUUUGUGUUUUUUCAUCAGCAGUGAAUGUUUUCCUUCAUUCGAGAAUUUCAGUCAUUUAUUGCUGUUAGAAAAGAGACAAUUGUACAAAUAAGUCAGAGCUAUUCUCCACUAUGUUUUCUCCGUUUUUGUCUGAGUCUUUCUUUGUCACCCAUGUUUUGGAAAAUAGCAUUGCCAUUAAGAAGGAUUCAAAUGUGUGGAUGUAUGGAUUGUCUCUGUUUAGUAGGUGUUGUUUACAAUUGUACAAUUUU